CAGCUCGGGACUUUUAAUUCUAACAAUAAAAACAUUCAUCUAGGGGCGUGGCUUUACUACAGCGCAGUUUUACGCAGCUGCGAUCAAUCGCAUUAAAUAGGCUAGUCGUGCAAGUGCGACUUUUCUACUUAUAGUGUAAGACAGCGUUUGAUGUGUGUGUUAAAAUGUCACCUCGUAUUACAAGAGCAAACUCAAGAAAUGCGUUGCUCGACGACAAAGCCUCUGCUGUGCCUUAUUUUCUUAGAUCGAGGGUGCCAUUAGGAAAUGCAUCUAAUGUUAUCGGGCAAAGUAAGGCCGCUGAUAAAUUACCAAAGUUUCCUAAACAGAAAGAGAAGACCGCGCGCUUGAAAAAAGAACGCACAAAAGCCAAAGCUCCUUUACCAGAGAAGAAUGAGAAUAUCUCUGUGGUUUGUGAAACAGUCAAGCAGCCAGUUCCACACACAGCCGAAACGGUUGAUGUUUCUCAGGACUCAAAGAGACAGGGUACUGCUGCUCAAGCUUUCUCCAGUUUGUUGCUUGACAUCCAAGAUGUGGAUUCUGCUGAUGCCGUUGAUGCUCAGAUGUGCAGUGAAUAUGUGCGGGAUAUCUACAGUUAUUUACAACAGCUCGAGGUUACUAUGGCCAUCAGACCAUGUUACCUGGAGGGCCAAGAGAUCACCGGUGCGAUGCGAGCUGUUGCUAUCGACUGGCUCAUGCAGGUGCAGGGAGAGUUUAAGCUUCGGCAGGAGACCAUGUUUAUGACCGUCAACCUUAUCGACAGCUUUCUUCAGAACACUGCUGUUCCCAAAAAGUACUUUCAAUUGGUCUGUGUGACUGCAAUGCUGAUUGCUUCCAAGUAUGAAGAGAUCUACCCGCCCACAAUGGGGGACUUCGCAUUUGUGACGGAUGGCACCUACACCUGUGAAGACAUGCGCAAAAUGGAGAAAAUCAUUCUAAAGAAGUUAAAUUACAGCGUUGGAAAGCCAGUCGCCCCUCACUUUAUGCAGAGGGCAUGCAAGGUUGGCCAGGCUGGUCCGAGGGAGCAGGAGUUGGCCACGUUUCUUAUGGAGCUUGCUGUGCUGGAUUAUGACCUGGUCCACAUUCCUCCAUCUCUCAUCGCGGCCGCUGCGUAUGCAGCUUCUCUGAGAAUCCUUGGCUCUGGGGAAUGGAGCUCCGUUUUGCAGCAUUACACGGGGUACAAGGAGGAAACUUUAGCUCCAGUGAUGCAGGAUAUUGUACGCAUGCUGGAAAAAGUUACUGAAGAAUCCAAGUGGCAGGAAAUGAAGAGCAGGUAUGCAAAAGUGUCUACAAGUGUCUGUGGAGUUGGUGCCAAAUGCGUCUCGAGUGAGAAUGUGGCAAAGCUUCUACACUAAGACCUGUUUGAGUUUUAGGGCACUUGCAGAACAUAUUACUUACGGCACUUAGGGUUAACAGUUUUUAUCAAUAUUAAGUACUUUUAACUUUAUACAUUUUAACCCCCAUUCUGUUUUAUGAAAUGGAAUGUGUAUUCUGUCAAGAUAUGUGUGCGAUCUAAAUUGAUGUAUUUAAGUGUC